AAUUCAUGAAAACUUGGGUGAAACCACUCUGUUGUCACAACUUCAUAAUGACCUUACUAACAAGCUGGAUACCAGCCCCAACAGCAAUUCUUCUCUUAUAUUUUUGGAGAGCAAAGGUAUAUGCUUCUGGAAACCCAGAGGAGGAAAUAGAUUACACAUAUGUUAUUGUAGGAGCUACUCUGGGAGCAGUUCUAGCAAUCGGUUUUGUAGCAGUAAUAAUCUGCAUGAUCAAAUCCAAAAUGAUUGACGGUGUCUUUGGAGAGUCAGAUGGCAAAAUGGAUAGAAGGUCAAACACAGGUUCAAGCCAAAACAGAUGACAGCAAUGCAAUAAGAAAUCAAAGUAUAAAGAUCAAUAACCCUUUUGCAUCAACAGUUACCUGGUCUGAGGAUCAAUAGAAGUCUCUUGUGCAUAGGCAGGAAUCUUACCAAUACCAAUCCUUUUCUUUGUUCUUUAGUUGAAAGGCUGAUUGAUUAUUUACAGGAAGAGCUUACAGUGCAGCUAACUUCAAUCACCUGCACCCAAAAGGCCUGCAAUCCCCCUCAUCAUGUACAUGAAGGAAAUGUAUGAGGAAAAUAUAGAUGAGCUCUGUUCACUAAUAGAUCCUCUUUAUUCUGUGAUAAGUAGGUGAUUGAUUUCUAAAGUCAGUUAAAUACCAGGUAAUCAGAAAGGUGUCAAUGUAAUUCAGCAGCAGAAUUCAUGGUCACACCCAUAUUUCAAGAUAAUUGAAUAAUGAUUUCAGCAACUUGGAAAAUCAUUCAUUUGAGGUUAAAACAAAACAAGGCUUCUCAUUUAUUUCAAAAAAUACGUGUUUUGUGUUAGUAAGAAAACAUGUCAUUAAUUUAAAGUUUUAUCUUUUUUAGAUCUAGAACUUAUGUCUUUUGUAGGUGGUGCUGGUGUUUUCAGUCAUUUAAAAUUAAUUAUGGCCAUUUAAAAUUAAAAAUUCCUUUUUGAAAUAAUGUUUUUCAUAUUCUGUUGAUCAUUCAUGUCAACACUAUACAAACAAGCUAAUUUGUUGUUUCCAGAAUUUCCCUAUCUUUAUUUUUUUUUUUAGUAUAAAACAAUGCACUAAAUUCAAUCAGAGUUUGUGAAUAAUUUCAGUUUCCCAGCACCUUAAUUCUUGUUCUAGCCUUAUAUGUUCUGGUGGACUUAAUUACAUCAAAAUUGCUUUGCCUGGCUCCAAUUACAAGCUUCUUACAGUGGGAAUGAUGAGAAGAAAAAUUGCAGCUUUGUUUCAGAACAUUUAGACUAGUUCAAAUAAUUUAAAGUAAUUUAAACCCAAGUUAUUCUGUAAACACUUUCCAAAUUUACCAAAGUUUUGAGUCAGUGGUUUUGGUCUCAGUUCAGAAAAUAAUGCUGCAGUUUCUAUUCUUUUUAAUUCUCUUCUUUCAAGAAUGCUGUAUAUAAUAUAUUGUCAUCACAAGGUGCAAGAAAAGAGGAAGAUUUUUGUAUUUUAAGCCAGGGUUUUCUUUCACCUUGUGAAGACAGGGCAGCCAAUGUCAGCUGUGGGAGCUUUGGGAACACUUGGCCAGCAUCCUCUGCUAUUCCUACACCUCCUUUCAAGAAACCCAAGAGAACUUCAAGGCUUGGGGGCCUUAGGUAGAUGGCAUGCCCAACUUAAUUAAGUAAUAUCCCAGUAUUUCCCAGAGCUUUAUGUUGUAGCAUUACAGGAUGACUCCAAACAGAAUGUUUUAUUGCAAAUUAUCAAUAUCCAGAUCCAAAGACCACAACCUGUAAAUAAAGAGGAUCUUGAUAAGCUUUUAGCUCAAGCCAAUGUCUAUAGACAUGUGGUUUUUUAAAUCUCUUACCUUAAGAGUAAAGUGCACUUUUUUACCUGUUUCUGCUCUCAGUGUGGCAGAUCAUAAUAAAUAAAAUUCUUUCCAGCUCUCCACUCCAAUCUCUUAUAGAAGAGAUUUAAUCCAACUUAAAAAAAAAAAAAAAAGAAAAAAAAAGAAAAGAAAAUAAAAAAGAGCAAUUGUAAGACUGAAGUCCAAGCUAGAAAUUCUGAGUGUUAUUAAGAAAUAUCAUUGAGACAGGGCCUCUUAUCCAGUAAUCAACUUUCAGAUCAGGCAAAGUUGAUGUGCUGGGUCGGGGACUUAGAGGAAACAUACUGUUAUAAAAGAGCAGAUAUAUCAGAAUUUUGUUUUUAUAAAGAAUAAGCUACUGUACUACUUGUAACUAAAGGGAUUUCAAUAUAAGCAUUUUUCGACUUUUGCAAAGCAGGUCAAAUGUGCAAAGGAAACUGGAUAGCAAUUUUUCUACACAUUUUGAACAACAAAAUGAAAUAUUUAUUUUGGAAGAAGAAUGAUAUCUUGGAAUAUCUUUGAAUACUUUUCCUGGUUUCCUCGGUGUCUGUUACCCAUUUCAGUAACACUGCAGUUCAUCAGCAGCAUUUGCUAACAGAUAAACUAAAGCAGUAAUGUGAUACUUGUAAGUAAUUGUGUGUACAUGUGUAAGUGAAUAAAGCAUCUUGUAUGGUAUCUGUUAA